AUGAUAUCCUUGAGUCAACUAAAGGCUAAGAAUUUUUUAGUUACGACUGCUAUAAAAUAUUAUAAAGUACUUCAUAUAGAAAAACCUAAACCAAAAAAAAAAAUUAGAACUUAAAGUCCAAUACAAGUUCCAAAUAGAAAAAGAAGAUUAUCAUUCUGUUUGAAGGAGAAUAAUCAGACGCAGAAAAAUAAAUUUCCAUUAAUGCCUUUGCAUUUGCAUUAGAAACCAAGUAAAAUAUAAUUUUAUAUAUGUCCAGACAAUUCAAGGAUUGUCAAUAAGUUGAGUUAAAAAUGA